CUCCUUCCUUCUCACCCCCUUUGUUUUUGUUCUUUUUCCUUUUUCAUCUCUCUCUUGAAUAGAAGAUUCUCUCUCUCUAUAUUCUCUCUUCUUUUGUUCCUCUCCACUCAUACUCUUGAUUUUGAUCACUUUCUUUUGGAUUCUUCUACCUAUAUAUAUAUAUAAUUCAAUUGAAUCGAACCUCAAUUCUAAACCCUAGCUGUUGGCUGCCUCUCUUCUGUCUCGUCGCAUCUUCUUUAACAGGUAGCGGCGAUGUCGACUCCUGCAAGAAAGAGAUUGAUGAGAGAUUUUAAGAGGUUGCAGCAAGACCCACCUGCUGGGAUUAGUGGAGCACCCCAAGACAACAACAUAAUGCUUUGGAAUGCUGUGAUUUUUGGUCCUGAUGAUACUCCCUGGGAUGGAGGCACGUUCAAGUUGACUCUACAGUUUACCGAGGAUUAUCCAAACAAACCACCAACAGUGCGAUUUGUUUCUCGAAUGUUCCAUCCAAACAUUUAUGCAGACGGAAGUAUCUGUUUGGAUAUUUUACAAAAUCAGUGGAGUCCUAUAUAUGAUGUGGCAGCUAUACUUACCUCUAUACAGUCAUUGCUCUGUGACCCCAACCCCAAUUCUCCAGCAAAUUCAGAAGCUGCUCGGAUGUUUAGUGAAAACAAGCGCGAGUACAACCGAAGAGUUAGGGAAAUUGUGGAGCAGAGCUGGACAGCUGAUUAAACUUAGUUCUGUCCGAAUCUAUAUGAAGCUCUGGAGGCAUGUGACAGUAGCACGGCCAUUAAAAAUCAACCAUCCUGUGAGAUUACCAACUUUUACCCUGUACCUUUGGCGUCCUGUCCAAUUGUAUGAUUAUUGGGGUUUCUUUGUCUCUGCUUUAAUGUGACUUUACCCUGUUGCGUGUCUUUAAGCUUCGUGUAAAAUAGAAAUUGUCUACCGAAUUGCAUUGAAUUGUUAUAAAACUUUUGUGCUUCAAUAUAAAAAAUAGUUGACUGGUUUGAUUGCAGCUGGUAGAAAAUCCAGUAA